AUGAGAGGUACAGCGAGGAUAUUCACAAGUUCAUUGCGAACUGGGAUUCAAACCCGACAAACUCUCACUCAAUCCGUUCAGCUAAAGAGCCGAUUAUCAACUCUCAAAGCUUCAACGCGGACUCUUCCAACCUCACAUUUCCAACCAACUUCUCAAAAACCAGGCUUUGCCGUACCUCUUCAAGCACGAAUAUUUCCUUCUCUGAUAGUCGUCGGGAUUGUUCUCGUCAGCGGUGGCUACUAUCUUCUUACACCACCGUCUCGACCCAAUACUCUCAACGACAUAACCUUUGUCCCUUACGCAAUCACAGCCCGCCAAGCCAUUUCACCCACUUCAUUCGUUAUCACCGCUAUCCCACGCACGCCAAACCCUGCCCUCCCCUAUCUCAACCCUGGCGAUAACCGCUGGAGAAAUCCUCUUUGGUCCGUCGAGUUCAAGCAGCCCGAGGUGCAGAUCUCGAGACAUUACACGCCUCUUCCUCCUUUAUCUACCGAGGAUCCCACAGAUGGCGCGUUGCGCUUCUACAUCCGCACUGUUGGUGAUGGCGAAAUGUCAAAUUACCUGGGCCGCAGACGGGUUGGUGACGAUGUCUUCCUGCGCGGUCCACAUGUUGGCUUCGAGCUUGCUGAGCGACUCGGCGAGCAGUCUCGUCUCAUCUUCCUCGCAGGCGGCACGGGUGUAGUUCCGGGUAUACAAGCAGCAAGAGCCGUGAUGGAAGCCAACGAGAGGUCCAGCGUCGACUUGCUCUGGGCAGUGAGAAGACGAGAAGAGGUGCAGAACAGCUCUCCGCGGCAAUCGUCGUGGAAAUUCUGGCAAGAACCGAAGCCGACAACAUUGGGAGCUGAGAUUGAGAAUCCUAGCCCCGUUGCCGAGCGAUUGCAGGAUCUAAAAAAGACGUAUGGUGAUCGUUUGAGGAUACAAGUCGUUGUUGACGACGAGGGAAGCCGUUUCCAGGACAAGGAUCUCGGGAAGGCCAUUGCGGUAUCGCCUGGGGCUACUGCUUCUUUCAACGCAGGCUGCCGAUUCCACGACCAAGCUAUGCAUGUUCAUACCUCCGAGUUCGCUUUGCCCGAAGGGCCAGGCUGUGUGUGCAAACCCGCCGAGGGUACCCCACCAGGUAAGAACUUGUUCAUAGUCUCUGGUCCGGACGGUUUCAUCGAGCAUUACGCCGGGCCUAAGAUUUGGCUAGGGGGCCAACAGACUCAAGGGCCAAUUGCUGGUGUGGCUGGUCGUUUACAGAGACAGAACCCUGCUUUGGCGAGGGACUGGUUGGUUCUCAAGAUGUAA